AUGUCUACGCCGAAGAGACACGGUGGCGGCUUCAUCCCAGCCGUAAAGGCGUCCUUAUCAUUCACCCGGCGCUCAACAGUCGACCAGUCCAGCAGUGGCCAGGAUCGCUAUUCACGCCCCCAGAGUGAAUCUACUCCCGUGUCAAACCUGCCUUCGUCUCACAAUUCGAAUACUACUAAGCGCCACGGAGGCGGCUUCGUCCCUUCCACUACCAAUACAAGGGUGUCCAGUUUGGGCGCAACAACGCAGCAGCAGCCGCAAAUCAAUGCACCAGCUAGUGUAGAGACGGCAGCAGUUUCUUCUCCGCAGACAAAUUCUAGCAGUGUCAAACACGGCGGCGGCUACGUGCCCAAAAGUCUUCUACAGGAAAACGGCGCUCGCGCGCCUGCUGCGUCUACCUCAAGCCACGUACCGGCUCAGAUGGAGGGGGAUAUCAGCCAGACUGCUGUGAACAACGGACAUACUUCCAACGGAGAAGCAGGGGCCUUGGCUGGGGGUGUUGAAAGGCCAGACCGUCGUCGCCAUGGAGGAGGGUCAAAGGAGACGAUAACUCUCCAUCCUGUAAAUGUACAACCAUGUCUUUGA